AUGAUUUCGCAGUUCUUCGUGCUCUCGCAGAGAGGCGACAACAUUGUAUUCCGAGAUUAUCGUGGCGAAGUACCGAAAGGAAGUGCUGAGAUCUUUUUCCGAAAAGUAAAAUUCUGGAAGGAAGACGGAGAAGGAGAUGCGCCACCUGUCUUUAAUUUGGAUGGCGUAAACUACUUUCACGUGAAGGUUGUAGGACUCUUAUUUGUUGCGACAACAAGGAUUAAUGCAUCACCUUCUCUUGUUCUUGAACUUCUUCAAAGAAUUGCACGUGUUAUCAAAGAUUACCUUGGGGUUCUCAAUGAAGAUUCCCUCAGGAAAAACUUUGUUCUUGUGUAUGAGUUGCUGGAUGAAGUUAUUGAUUUUGGUUAUGUACAAACAACAUCAACUGAGGUUUUGAAGUCAUAUGUAUUUAAUGAGCCAAUUGUGGUUGAUGCUGCACGUUUGCCUCCCCUUGGUCCGGCUUCCAUUUUUGUGCAAGGGAACAAACGGAUGCCAGGUACGGCUGUCACCAAGUCUGUGGUUGGAAAUGAGCCUGGAGGUAGAAAUAGAGAGGAGAUUUUUGUUGACAUAAUCGAGAAGAUUAGUGUUACAUUCAGCUCAAGUGGUUAUAUACUUACUUCAGAGAUUGAUGGUACCAUUCAAAUGAAGAGCUAUCUUACCGGUAACCCAGAAAUUCGACUUGCUCUUAAUGAGGACUUGAGCAUUGGAAGAGGUGGAAGGUCAAUCUACGAUUAUAGCAGUUCAUCUGGUGGAGGGACAGUCAUCCUUGAUGAUUGUAAUUUUCAUGAAUCUGUGCAUCUUGAUAAUUUUGAUUCUGACAGAACUUUGGUCUUGGUACCACCAGAAGGUGAAUUUCCUGUCAUGAAUUAUCGAAUGACUCAGGAAUUCAAGCCUCCCUUUCGUAUUAAUGCCUUAAUUGAAGAAGCAGGCCCCCUUAAGGCUGAAGUAAUUCUUAAAGUUCGUGCUGAAUUUGCCUCAAGCAUCACAGCAAACACGGUUAUGGUUCAGAUGCCACUGCCAACUUUCACGACAAGAGUCAGCUUUGAGUUGGAACCUGGAGCAGUAGGAAAUACAACUGAUUUUAAAGAAGCGACCAAGAGGCUUGAAUGGGGUUUGAAGAAGAUUGUUGGUGGAUCUGAACAUACUUUGCGUGCAAGGCUCACAUUUUCACAAGAAUCACAUGGAAACAUCGUGAAAGAAUCUGGACCUGUUAGUAUGACCUUCACAAUUCCAAUGUACAACGCUUCAAAACUCCAGGUUAAGUACUUGCAGAUUGCAAAGAAGUCUAACACCUAUAAUCCGUAUAGGUGGGUGAGAUAUGUGACACAAGCAAAUUCAUACGUCGCUCGAUUGUGAAUGUAAACUUCCUCGAUCUUGAUUCUCUUAUUUACUAUUUUGACCUGCACUGUCAGUAAAUACUUGUCGUGGAUUUGGUUAUCUGAGGCUGUGUUAGUGCAUAUGCGAACCCUUUUCUUUUCUUUUUUUAAUCCUUUUGUAGAGUAUGAGUAUGAAUACCCACACCCAUCAAAUGCAUCUCAGGAUAACUGUGGUUACAAUGUUCAUAGUGGAAUGCUUAAAGUUAUCAAUAUUGCACUGUAAAAUAAUACAUUAAGCCUGAGUGGCUCCAUAUUCUGAGUAGUAGGACAUGUCGGUGCUCUGGAAUUUACUUUGAUAUAUUUGAUUUGAACUUUUGAACUUGCUGA